UGCCCAUCUUGAACGCCAUCUUGAAAUUUACAACUUUCUAGUGGUCAAACUUUGGUAAACUUUUAGUAUGUUACUAAGGACACCUAAUACUACAAGAAAUAGCUGAGAAACCUUUUGUUAGAAUUUUUUUGAGGUUAGGUGUUUUUUUUCCAUAUAUGCAGCCGCCUAUAGUGUGUGGACCAGCUUGAGCUGAGGAGCCUGGUGUCCAUCUCGAUGGAUUGGCCCAAUGUGAACUGGAAAUUCUUUGAACUUCUCCAGCAAGAGCAUGUAGAACAAUAUGGAGGGGCCCAGCUUGUUGUCGUUGGGAGCUGUGGACUGCACCACCUACACAACGCUUUCAAAUGUUGCUUCUCCAAGUGGCAGCUGGACAAGCCGCUGAAGGCAACGCACACAUUGUUCCACAAUGUGCCAGCAAGGAGGGAAGAUUACAGUGCUGUAACCAAAACUACAUUUUUCCCAUUGUCAUUAUGUGGCCACCACUGGAUUGAAAACCUGCCUGUGGUGGAGAGGGCACCUGUGGUCUGGCCAUCACUGCUCCAGUACAUGGAUGCAGUGAGAACAAAGAAACACAAUUGCAGCAGCCUUGAAGGAUCCACUUGUCUUGGCCAAAUUGCAGUUCUACAUGGCUCUUGCCAGGACCUUCAAUCCUUUCUUGAGCCAGUGAUGCCAUUCCUCUGCCAAGACUUGGCUGAGUUGAUCAUGAGUCUACUUAGACGUUUCAUCAAGAGAGCUCCUCCAGGACAUCACUACACUGCAGCUGACCAGACUGGCCAGUUUAGGAGGGACUGCAUGCAGGCACUGUCAGACAUUGUGAUGCCAUUCUCCAACAGUUUGAGGCAUUCCUGUCCCUUGAGAGCAGAAGUGACGAGUUUCUCUCCUUCCCGCCAAUGCAGAGGAGGCUGGACAUCUUCUUCUGUGAUUUCCUCAGCAAGCCCUAUCCUGAGCUCUGGGCUUUUUGCCAGAAGCUGCUACUCCUGUCCCAUGGUCAAGCCUCUGUGGAGAGAGGCUUUUCUGUCAACAAGGAGACUCCUCACUCCGUCCCUCGUGUGUUUGUUCCACCUGGGUGAUCGUCAGCUACUCCCUGAUUGUUUGCACCUGGUCCUCAUCACCCGGUGUAUUUAGUCUGUGUGUUCCUGUGCUGCGUUGCCAGUUCGUCUUUGUUUCUCCAUGUUCUUAGCGUUCCAGCAUUUACUUCUGAUAGCUUUCCUGUUACCGAUCACUGCCUGCUUAACGAGUUACGUCUCUGCCUUUUCCCUGCCGGAUACUCUGCAUUGUGAUCGACUGCCUGCCCGUGUACCGACCUUGGACCGAAACUAUUACGAACUCUGCCGCUGUCUGCUCCCUGCUGGAUUAACGGAUUACGAACUCUGCCGCUGCCUGCCUCCUGUUGGAUUAUUGUACCCGUGUUUGGACUGCCUUAACGUGUACCGCCAUUCAACAAAAAAGUUGGUUAA